CCAUUCAUAAAAUGAGAGCAGAGCAUGCGCCUUGGAACUCCAGUGCCCACCCAUUCAUAGAAUUGGGAGGACAAGCAUGCGUAGUAGAGGCCCUUUCCCUCCCAUUCAUAAAAUAGCCAUUUUCCCAGGCAGCAGUUGUUGCAACAGCGAAGCGACGGCUGCCGCCGCUCCUGACAGCGCACCACUUGUUCAGGUUGCUCGUCGAGCCCCGGCUGUGUUUCGUGUCGAUUUUAACUUCAUUCUUCACCACCCACGUGCAAGUACAGCCGGGAUUUUUCUCGGAUUUAGGAUUAACCCGCCUGUUGAGAUAUGAUCUGGAUUGGAUUGUUGAAAAUGGAGUUGUGGUGGUUGUCGCAGUCAUAAAAGACCUGAAGCCUGAUCCUAAGCAUGUUCACUCAGAAGUAAGAUUCACUGAAUUCAGUGUGCCUGGACACUUAAAAGCAGCCUGAAAAAUAAAAUGGAGUCUCGAAUGCCUCACAACAUGACUGUGGUGCCCAGUUCUACCAUGGUACAGCCUCUUCUAGAAAGCCGGAUCCCUUAUGGCAGACUGCAACAUCCCUUGACUAUUCUGCCUAUCGACCAGAUGAAGACCACACAUAUGGAGAACGACUACAUUGACAAUCCCACACUGGCUCAACUGGUGGCUCAGAAGCCUCCCCGGAGCCACCACGAGCCCACCCUUCCACCACGGUGUGAACAAGAUGUCACCCAUCCGUGGAUCUCCUUCAGUGGGCGACCCAGCUCCAUCAGUAGUAGCAGCAGCACGUCUUCAGAUCAAAGGCUUUUGGACCACAUGGUCCCAGCUCCCGUGGCUGACCAGUCCUCCCCAAGAGCAGUUCGGCUUCAGCCCAAGGCAGUUCACUGCAAGCCCUUGGAUCUGAAAGGACUCCCCUCUCUGAAGCUGGACAAGCACUUUUUGCUGUGUGAAGCCUGUGGGAAAUGCAAGUGUAAGGAAUGUGCCCUGCCUAUGACUUUGCCCUCAUGUUGGGUGUGCAAUCAGGAAUGUCUGUGCUCGGCCCAGAACCUGGUCAAUUACUCAACCUGCAUGUGCUUGGUGAAGGGCAUAUUCUACCACUGCACCAACGAGGAUGACGAGGGCUCCUGCGCAGACCAUCCCUGCUCUUGCUCCCACUCGAACUGCUGUGCCCGUUGGUCCUUUAUGAGCGCCCUCUCCCUGGUUUUCCCCUGCUUGCUGUGCUACCUGCCAGCCACCGGCUGUGUGAAGCUAUCGCAGCGGUGCUAUGACCGAGUGAGUCGGCCUGGAUGCCGGUGCAAAAACACAAACAGCGUGAUUUGUAAAGCGUCCCCGGAUGGGAAAGCUGACAGCCGACCGGAGAAAUCGUUUUGAUUGCUGGAGAGAAGUUGGGAAGUGCAGGAUGGGAAAAGAAAACAGGAAGGGUAUUUUGUCACCUGUGUCAAAGUAUAACAUAUGUCAACCCUUCUGUAGGGAGGGAGGGAAGGAAAGAAAGGAAGGAAGCAAGGAAGGAGGGAGGGAGGGAGAGACGGUGGGAGAGAAAUGGAUAGGGAUAUGGAUAUUUUGCUGUUCAAGGGCCAAAACAGACUACAUAGAGCAAUUUGAAGACAUCUCCUCUCCUAGUCCUUAGUCCUGGCGUUUGAUCAAUCUAGAGAUUGCAAGAAUAAUCCAGAAGUAGGCUUGGCAUGUACAUCAGCAGUUGGAAGCAGGACUUCAGUUCAGGGCCACCAUCCAAUUAACAUAUUUAUAGGUUAUGGGCAGUAAGGGCUAAGUUUUCCUCAAGGCUUUAACAAGAAUGUUCCUUACCGCCUCGUUUUGUUGUUGUCAUUGUUGUGUCUGUACCUUGUGAGAGUACUCCUUUUAAAAAUAAUCUUUCUGAAUAUGUAGAAAUCAGUAGCUCUUCUCAGGUAUUAAGCUUCAACAGAGUAUUCAAAUUUGAAUAAAGGGUUCAAGACUGAUAAGAUUCAGGGAUUGGGCAUGCUGCGCCCUCCCUAUAGAGGUUUAAAUGCCCUGGGUGAGCUUAACACCUGGAUUAGCGCUACCUUUAACUCCUGUUGAUUUUACUGCCAUUAAGGCACAGUCUUGAAAGUCUGAAUAAUGAGCAAAUAUCCCAGUGGUGAAAUCCAAAUUUUUUUACUACAGGUUCUGUGGGCGUAGUGUGGUUGGUGAGUGUGGCUUGGUGGGUGUGGCAGGGAAAGGAUAUUGCAAAAUCUCCAUUCCCACCCCACUCUGAGGCCAGCCAGAGGUGGUAUUUGCCGGUUCUCUGAACUACUUAAAAUUUCCGCUACCGGUUCUCCAGAUUCUGUCAGAACCUGCUGGAUUUCACCCCUGAAAUAUCCCAAUUCUUUUCCUAAAUCAUCUUUCUGUCUCUCUCUCUGUCUCUGUCUCUGUCUCUCUCUCUCUCUCUCUCUCAUGAUCAUCACAAAGAAUAUAUUCUGAUUGAUUACUUCCUUAUUAAGUGUUUCUUGAUCUAUUGUAACAAAAAUGGGGGGGGGGAGGAAUUCAUUCCCUUUUGCAAGUUCCACAAAGAAUUCAUACCAGCAGCCAUGAGGCUGAACUCUAUCCAUUCAGGUCAAGUAGGAGCAAAUGGUAAUAUAAGGCUUUUGAUGUUUCAAUGCUGGAACAAGUUUGAAAGCUAUGACCCAACUUGGUCAGAGAAUGCCCAGCCAAAAGAGUUUCUAGGACUUUUAAGCCCAUUUUUAUAUUUCAGAUGCACAAACUUCUGAGCAUACAUUUGAAAUAGUGUAUUAUGUUGCUUGAUCAUUAUUGCACAUUUUUAUUGCACAAAUAAGAUCCUGCUACGCAAAAGAAGAAGAAAAAGAAGUAAAACUGAGCGUAAGUUUCAAAGGAACUAAUCUCAACAGUACUUUCAGGAUAAAUAUAAGCAGCUCAAUUCUCCUGAAAUAAAUUUAUAUUUUAUUAAAUCAGAUGAUAGCGACGCUUGAGCUGAAACUUAAGAAUUAGCCUCUACUCUGCAUCUGAAGGAUUAACGAUUAACCCAAACCAAGCACAAUAUAUCUGAGUAUCUUGGGACAAUUAGAAAUGGAUCAGCACAACCCCAAACUCUCUUUGAAAUGGAAUUGUUUUUGACAAAACAAAAAAGCUGCUUAAUUCUUUUUCUAUAAAGCAAUAUGCUGCUGUUCGUACAGGAGGGUUGCUAA